GAAAAAGAAAAGAAUAAAUGCCUUGGUGAGUCAGUUGAGUCUGAAGAAACUCAGACCGAGGUGGCCGUUUUCUUUAAUCAAAUGAAAGAUGCCCCAUUGCACUUCAUUACAGGGGUAUCUUUAAGCUUUUCUUCCCCUUUUGCGCUCUCUCCCUCCCCCCACAUCCUUAUAUAUGUACGUUUCUUUCACUGUACUUUCUAGAGAGAUAGGCAGAGGGAGUCCAUUGAAAAAGGAUUCAUCAAACAGAGAAAGGGGGGAGAGCGAGAGAGAAAAUGAGUUCAUCUUCAGGUCAGAGCAGUGGGUAUGAUCUCUCUUUCAAGAUCUUGUUGAUCGGCGACUCUGGUGUGGGAAAAAGCAGUCUACUCGUCAGCUUCAUUUCAAACUCUCUUGAAGAUCUUGCCCCCACCAUUGGCGUUGAUUUUAAGAUCAAGCACCUCACGGUAGGCGGGAAGAAAUUAAAAUUAACAAUCUGGGACACUGCUGGGCAGGAGAGGUUCAGAACUCUAACAAGCUCAUAUUAUAGAGGAGCGCAAGGAAUCAUUCUGGUCUAUGAUGUUACAAGGAGAGACUCAUUUACAAACUUAUCAGAAAUAUGGUCUAAGGAAGUGGAACUCUAUUCAACUAAUCAGAAUUGCGUGAAGAUGCUGGUUGGCAACAAAGUUGACAGAGAUUCUGAAAGGGUUGUGAGUAUAGAAGAGGGACUGGUUCUUGCCAAAGAGUUGGGCUCCUUGUUUCUGGAAUGCAGUGCUAAAACUAGAGAAAACGUGGAGAAAUGCUUCGAGGAACUUGCUCUAAAGAUAAUGGAAGUUCCUAGCCUUUUGGAAGAAGGAUCAACCGCGGUAAAAAGGAAUGUUUUAAAGCAGAAACAGGAACCCAAAUCAUCUGAAACCAGUGCUUGUUGCUCCUAAGAUGCAGCAUUGUGGACGGUGAAUCUUUAUUAGCCCAGCUUGGACACACCUUGUAUAUUUAAGCCAGGCCCCAAAAAAAAAA